UAACUGUUGCAACUCAAUGAAAAAGAAGAAGAUGCACCCAAAAUAACAAACAAAACGUAACUUCAGAACAAAAUAAACUUUAAAUUAAAGUGAUAUAAUCAUUUUACAAGCAUGGCGGAUGCCAAUACUCAAGGAGCAGGUAAACUGCCGGCAAUCACGAAGCGAGUGCAGAAUCUGGGCGAUUUGGGAAUUUGGCAAAGAUCCCGCGCCUACCACGAUUUGAUAGGCUAUAUAAAUGGCACCAGUUCGGCGAUCCAGGGGAUCAAGACAACGGACGAGAUGUACGAGUCGGAAAUGCUGCUCAAACUGGUGCGCCUCUUUGACUCCCUGGAGAAGUUGGUGGAGCAGCAUCCUCCUUUGGAGCAGCCUCAGCGUUUUGGCAAUAAGGCCUAUAGGGAUUGGGCUCAGGAGAUGCGGGAACAGCUGCCGGAACUGAUGGAGCAGCUGCUGCCCGCCGCCAAAAAGAGAUACCAGAGCGAACUGGAGCAGUACCUGAUGGAAUCCUUUGGAAAUGCCACCAGGAUAGACUAUGGUACCGGUCACGAGCUCUCCUUCCUCUUCUUUCUGUGCUCGCUUUUCAAGGCCGAGAUCCUGCAGGAGCAGGACAUUGUCGGAGCCGCCCUGAGGCUAUUCAAUCGAUACCUGGAGUUUGUCAGACAACUGCAGCGCACCUACAACAUGGAACCCGCUGGCAGUCAAGGAGUUUGGUCCCUGGACGACUUCCAGUUCGUGCCCUUCAUUUGGGGUAGUGCGCAGCUGGCCGUUAAAAGCCCCUUUGAUCCCUCGAAGUUUGUGGAUGAGCAGAUCAUCAGCGACUUCAAGGAUCAGUUCAUGUUCAUCAGUUGCAUAGACUACAUCUGCAAGGUCAAGACUGGACACUUUGGCGAGCACUCAAACCAACUGUGGAGCAUCACGGACGUGCCCUCGUGGAUUAAAAUUAACGCGGGACUGGUAAAAAUGUACCAAAAGGAGAUACUCUCCAAGUUUCCCGUGAUCCAGCACGUCUACUUCGGAGAACUGAUGGCCUUUGAGGCCGUGUCCCCCGGCACAACCAUCUCCAACGCCCGACUGGGUCAUGUAGCCCCGCCGCCCUCAAAACGUAUCUGCAUAGGGACUCCAAGUUUGGUGCCACCAGUUCCGGUGUCCGUGGCUCCUCCUCCGCCCACCGAGUCUCUAAACAGCGAUCUAAAUGUGGGCGAUUCCAGCAGCGAGAGCAGCGACAACAGCGUUGUACUUCGUCCAUCGACAUCGUCGGCUUCUCUGGUGGCCGCCGCCGAAGGUUCCGGUGAUAAGUCCAACACUCAAGCGGCCGAGGGAGAAGUCACCAAAGGACUAGCGGCAGAGUAAAGCCAACACAAUUUCGUGUGGAUUUCCCUUACCUUUUCAAUUGAAAUCGAACAUUUGAUACGCAAUUUCAAUAAACAGAUGAUAACAACACUCCACCCUCGGCCGCCCUUAACCCCGUCAGCCCACAUGCAACCCCACUUAACCCUCGACAACCAGGUGAUUGUCUUUUUCGAGUCCCCGGGUAUUAUUGCGAAAAGCUUUGUGCGAAUUUUCUCAUAUUUCCUCGGUAAGCUUUCCUCAAGGACAACUCAAGACGAGGACAAACGGCACAAGGCAAAUAUAAAUAUGCUAAAGGGGAACAAAUUUGAGAAGAAAAUAUAUUCUUAUUUGUUUUUUUGUGUCUAUUUUUUUGUUGCCUCUUUGCCCCAGUAAUUGUUAUUUGAUACACACAAAGACCAAAAAGUUGUAUUAUUUCGCUUUUGGCAUAUUUGGAAAGGAUACAAAAUUCCAAAAAGAAUACUUAAAAAGGAUAACGAUAAAUGGGAAAUGUCCAUGAAUUUGUUCUAUUAAAGCCAAGUCUGGGCAAUGAGCGAAAUUCAAUUAAAAACUUCAAAAGCCGCCUAACAAUUUCAAACUGCAAUUAGAUGAGAGAAAACACAUACAGAAAGUCCUGAUUGCAACAUUGAGAACCAGAUACAAAUGCAAUAUAUACGGAUACAUGGACGCAGCUGAGAUACAAAAACUUCGCUUUGGCAAAGUUUUAGCUAUUAUGUAACAAAGCGCAGCUGAAGGCUGCAAAACUGCUAUAUAUGUAUACGCCCUUCUCGCAAUAUUCUAUACACUAAACUAAAGUUUUGAAAUGGGAAUUUUUGAUAUUUUUACAGUGAUACUUUUUCCUAAAAGCAGUUUGUGUAAUAUGUGUUAUGAUUAAGUGGUUAUUACAAAGUUC